GUUUUUCAUUUUCAAAUAGAACUCUUGUAGAGGAGGGAGUAUGAAGCCCUGCUCUACUGAUACUCUCCCGAGGGAAUGUGUGCAGAUUGUAGGGCAGCAGAAAAGGGCACAUGCCCAGUGGGUCCCUAAUGCCACUAUGGGUGGCUGAGGAGCAGGCCUCCAUGCUUAUAAAACCACCCAAAUUCAUCACAAUCUCAUGAAGAGUAGUUGUUGUUUUGUUUUAUGAUCCUUCUGGUGGGUGGUAGUUAGGUAAUCAAAGUAACUGCAAGUGCAAUGGAUGGAGUUGAGCAUGGGAAAGUUAAUGAUGAUUUACAGAUGGUGGUGGUUCACAAGACUGAUGUUCCUCCUGCUCAAGGCACAAGAAUGAUCAAUGAAGUUGGCAAAGCAGUCAGGGAAACUCUGUUUCCUGAUGAUCCCUUUAGGCAGUUUAAGAAUCAGUCUAGGGGACGUAAGUGUGUUCUUGGCCUUCAGUAUGUUUUCCCCAUCUUAGAGUGGGCACCCAAAUAUUCAUUUGCCCUGUUCAAAUCAGAUGUGAUAUCGGGAGUCACCAUUGCUAGCCUUGCCAUUCCACAGGGCAUAAGCUAUGCAAAGCUUGCAAAUUUGCCUCCCUUGAUGGGACUAUAUUCCAGUUUUGUUCCUCCUCUAGUAUAUGCAAUGCUGGGGACAUCCAAGGAUAUAGCAGUGGGCACAGUGGCAGUUGUAUCACUUCUCCUUGCCUCAAUGCUUGGCGAUGAGGUCUCUCCCACAGCUAAUCCAGAGCUGUAUUUACAGCUGGCUUUGACUGCAACAUUUUUCGCUGGAGUUUUCCAAGCAUCCUUGGGUAUUUUUAGGCUGGGAUUCAUCAUAGACAUGCUUUCACAUGCAACAAUAGUGGGAUUCAUGGCAGGAGCAGCCACUGUUGUAACCCUCCAACAGCUCAAAGGUUUCCUGGGACUCCAACAUUUCUCAACUAAAACAGAUGUUGUUUCAGUGGUGCAAUCAGUUUCACAGCAAGUUCAUAAGUGGAGAUGGGAAACCAUUGUGUUGGGAGCAUUUUUCCUAGUUUUCCUGCUAGUUGCUCGUUACAUUAGCAAGAAAAAUUCCAAGCUUUUCUGGGUAUCUGCUGCUGCCCCACUGACAUCUGUCAUUGUAGGCAGCCUGCUGGUGUUCUGCACACAUGCAGAAAAACAUGGAGUACAAAUUGUGGGGCAGUUAAAGAAAGGUCUGAAUCCCCUGUCCAUUCAGCUCUUGGUCUUCCAUGGUCAGUAUUUGAAGGUUGCUUUAAAGGCAGGACUGAUAUGCGGUCUCAUCGCCUUAACUGAAGGAGUAGCAUCUGGAAGAACAUUUGCCCUUUUCAAGAAUUACCAUACAGAUGGCAAUAAGGAGAUGAUAGCCAUUGGAAUGAUGAACGUAUUGGGCUCCUGGACUAGCUGUUAUGUUACAACAGGUCCAUUCUCCAGAUCAGCAGUGAAUUUCAGUGCAGGAUGUAAAACAGUUGUAUCAAAUAUAGUAAUGGCCAUUGCUGUGAUGAUAACUCUACUGUUCUUGACCCCUCUAUUCCACUACACUCCCAUGGUGGUUCUGUCAUCUAUAAUAACAUCAGCUAUGCUAGGCUUGAUUGACAUCCAAACUGCAUACCAUCUCUGGAAGGUGGACAAACUUGACUUCCUCGUCUGUAUGGGAGGCUACUUUGGGGUGGUUUUCAUAGACGUUCAAACUGGUUUGAUUAUUUCUGUAUCCAUUUCUGUGGUAAGGCUGUUGAUGCAUGUCAUGAGGCCUCAUACUGCAGUUCUGGGGAACAUUCCUGGAACAUCCAUGUACAGAAGCACAGAGCAGUACCAAGAUGCCACUAAAGUCCCUGGCAUUCUCAUCCUACGGAUAGAUUCCCCUAUCUAUUUUGCCAAUGCCAACUAUUUGAAAGACAGAACGUUGAGAUGGAUAGAAGAUGAAGAAGAGAAUUUGGCCAAGCUCAAUCAAGACAUCCUACGUUAUGUAAUUCUUGACAUGGGUUCUGUGGCUACAAUUGACACAAGUGGAAUCAAUGUCCUUGAGGAAUUGAAAAGGACAUUAGAACAUCGACAACUUCAGCUUGUUUUAGCGAAUCCAGCAAGUCCAGUGGUGGAAAAACUUGAGAAGUGCAAAUUUAUAGAAAUUCUAGAGAAAAAAUGGCUGUUUGUUACAGUGGCUGAGGCUGUUGUUGUGUGCAACUCUCUACUCCAUGCUGAAAAGGUCCACAGCGCCAACUACAAUCAUAAAAAUUAACAUAAAAUCUUGAAGAAAAAAUCUUUUGUUCUCCAUAAAAUCUUGCAGUGUUCAGUGAAGAAAAAUCCACUUUUCUCUUGCCUCAUUGUACAGUGAAUUAUAUAUUUUCAAUGGAUUGUCUAUAUAGGCACUCCACAUAUUUCUCCUCCAUUUCUUAGGGACUGUGUAAGAAAGUAUGAGAGGUAAAAUAAUCCUUAAAUUAUUAAGGAUUAUAAAUGUAUUCAAGUUAAGUAGAUCUAUCAGAAGAAAUUAUCAAUUGCAAUUUAGACUUAAGAAGCACCAUGUACUGCGCCAUGUAUUUUCAGAU